AUGGCACAGUUUUCUAUGAACGCUCUUCUUGGGUUAUUGGCCUUGGCUGUUAGCCAGUCCUCGGCGCACUUCCUCCUCAAUUAUCCCUCCACAAUCGGCUUUGGCGACACUCUUGAACUUACUCCUCCAUGCGGCGGCUUCACUGUCGACUUCAUCAAGGAUAACGUGACCGAUUUCCAUGUCGACGGGGAUACCAUCGCCGUGACAUCGAUACACCCUCAAUCAAUAUGGCUCUUUCGCUCGACUCUUGACCUGAAUGUUACUACUGCAAACUGGACAGAUCUCCUGCCUGCCGUCGAACAAACUGGAAUAGGCGACUACUGUGAGCCAGCGGUGACGGUGCCAGGCUCCUGGAUAGGAAAGAAAGGUGUCAUUUCCGUUGUCCAAGUCUCCCCAACCGAAACUCUCUACCAGGAUUUUAACGACGGACGAACAAACACAGUGUGCCGCCGUCAACUUCGUUUCGGGAUCCCAUUCACCACCCAGUGUAUGCAAGAAUGUAACGGGACUUUCGGCAAGCUUCACUGCAGAUCCCACGCUGUUCGUGCCAGCGACGGUGACGGCGUCGACAGCGGGCUCGACGAGCUCGAGUGCGACCACUACUGGUGGUUCUUCGGCAUCUGUUUCCGCUAUCUCCCAGACAGGAGCCGCGUCAACCGCUUAUGCGUACGGAGGAAUCAGUUAUCUGAUGGGGUUGGCUCCAGUGGUUCUACUUUAUCAUGGUAA